AUGUCCUCCGCCGCUCGUUUCGAUUCGUCGGACCGCUCCAGCUGGUACGUGGGCCCGGUGUCCCGGGCGGAGGCGCAGACGCGGUUGCAAGGGCAGCGGCAUGGCAUGUUCCUGGUGCGGGACUCGUCCACCUGCCCGGGGGACUACGUGCUCUCCGUGUCCGAGAACUCCCGGGUUUCCCACUACAUCAUUAACUCCUUGCCCAACCGCCGCUUUAAGAUCGGCGACCAGGAGUUUGAGCAUCUGCCUGCCCUACUGGAGUUCUACAAGAUCCACUACCUGGACACCACCACCCUCAUCGAGCCUGCGCCCAGGUAUCCAAGUCCACCAAUGGGAUCUGGAUCUGCCCCUGCUAUGCCCACUGCAGAAGAAAAUGUGGAAUAUGUUCGGACUCUCUAUGACUUUCCUGGCAAUGAUGCUGAGGAUCUUCCGUUUAAAAAGGGUGAGAUACUGGUAAUCGUAGAGAAGCCCGAAGAACAGUGGUGGAGUGCCAGAAACAAGGAUGGUCGGAUUGGCAUGAUUCCUGUUCCUUAUGUAGAAAAGCUAGUCAGAUCUUCUCAUGGGAAGCAUGGAAACAGGAAUUCCAACAGUUAUGGUAUUCCAGAACCUGCCCAUGCUUAUGCUCAGCCUCAAACUGCAAGUCCCCUUCCUGCAGUAUCCAGUACACCUGGAGCAGUGAUCAAUCCUCUGCCAUCAACACAGAAUGGACCAGUCUAUGCCAAAGCUAUCCAAAAGAGAGUACCCUGUGCUUAUGACAAGACAGCGCUGGCAUUAGAGGUUGGAGAUAUUGUGAAAGUUACAAGGAUGAAUAUAAACGGUCAGUGGGAAGGAGAAGUCAACGGUCGAAAAGGGCUCUUCCCCUUCACGCAUGUCAAAAUAUUUGACCCUCAAAACCCAGAUGAGAACGAAUGAUUUCCUCUGCCCAAUUUACACUGCUGCUUCAUUUUCCUGGCUAUCAUUAGGAUUGUUUGAGGUGGGAUGAUGACUUAAUGGCACAUUGCUAGCGUUGCCCGUUUUCCAGCUUGCUGCAGUUCUUUUAAUAUACAUUUGGAAUACAUACAACUGAAGUCACAGCCUGACCUUCAUACCAUAGUUACAUCAUCCAGAAUUUAGUUUCACUUUUAAAACUCUAUUGGGCCUUAAGCUGGAGAAGACUGAACUAGUAUAUAGCAGAGAAGUAUGGGAAGAAAACCUCUCCUGUUGAGACUUCCAUGGACUUUUUCUAGCUUGCUCAGUAGGAAGAGCCCUAAUCUUAGAUCAAACAUGCAAUUUGUGCAUUACUGUCCAACAAAAAGCAACAACAAAAAUGCAAUUUUAGGACUGAAGAAGACUUAGUUUUAAGAGAACCUAAGGUAGUACAUUUUAAAUGAUGGUCUCUUUAAAGGACAAUAAUUGAACCUGAUGUAUUCUAAGCAGUUGUAUCAGAAGCUGCUCUUUUCUGUUAACUCUUAAGCUUGUUGUUGACCUUCCUGAAACAGUGUGUGUUAAAU